GUUGUUGUUGUUGUUGUUGUUGUUCGGAGAUGGAGAGGAGCGACCCGGCAUCGUACUGGUUCGGCGACGACGACGACGACUUCGACCCCGCGGCGCUCCCCGCCCUCGAUCGCGCCGCGGACGACGACGGCGGCUUUCUCUCCGAGAUCGACCGCAUCCUCGAGAGCAUCAACUCAGAACAGGCCUCGCCCCCGGCCCCGGCGGCGGCGGCGGCGGCGGCGGCGGCGGCGCCGCCGCCUGAAAUUGUUGUGGCCUCUGAAUUCGCAAUCGCCGAGACGGCAGCGGCGGCGGUCCUCGGGAAGGAGUUCGUCGUCAAGAACGGCGGAGCGGCGAGGAGGGACGGCGAUUGGAGGGAUCGGAGAAGGCGGGGGGACGGCGAGUGGGGCCGGAAGAGAGAGCGCGACGGCCUCGCCGGAGACAGGAGGGAGUGCCGGCGAGGGUAUUGGGAGCGCGACAGGUCCGGGAAGGUCGUCUACCGUGUCGGCUUUUGGGAGCCCGACUGCGAAAGAGAGGCCAAGAGAGUGCGAAGGGGUAGCCCGGAGCAAACCAGGGCGAGCCCCGAGUCGCGGCGGACGGAGGAUGCCGCCGCUGCCGCAGCGGCAAAGAAGGAGAAGCCGGCAGAGGAGCAGGCGCGGCAGUACCAGCUCGACGUCCUCGAGCAGGCGAAGAAGAAGAACACCAUCGCCUUUCUUGAGACCGGGGCCGGGAAGACCCUCAUUGCCGUGCUUCUGAUCAAGAGCGUCUGCGCAGAUUUGCUCAAAGAGAACAAGAAGAUGCUCGCCAUCUUCCUCGUCCCAAAAGUCCCUCUUGUGUAUCAGCAAGCGGAGGUCAUUCGCGAGAGGACCGGGUGCAAUGUCGGGCAUUACUGCGGGGAGAUGGGACAAGAUUUCUGGGAUGCUCGGAGAUGGCAACGCGAAUUUGAAUCCAAAGAGGUACUAGUUAUGACAGCUCAAAUUUUAUUAAACAUUCUCAGGCACAGUAUAAUUAAAAUGGAAGCUAUCCAUCUUCUAAUUUUGGAUGAGUGCCAUCAUGCUGUGAAAAAACAUCCAUAUUCCUUAGUGAUGUCUGAAUUUUAUCAUACAACUCCAAAGGAUAGAAGGCCUGCUGUUUUCGGUAUGACGGCUUCUCCUGUCAACUUGAAGGGAGUUUCUAGUCAGGAGGACUGUGCUAUCAAGAUUCGGAAUCUUGAAAGCAAAUUGGAUUCCAUUGUGUGUACGGUGAAAGAUCGAAAAGAGCUGGAGAAACAUGUUCCUAUGCCUUUGGAAAUUGUCAUCCAGUAUGAUAAAGCAGCUACUCUCUGGUCGCUGCAUGAGCAAAUUAAACAAAUGGAAGUGGCUGUUGAAGAAGCUGCGCGCUCUAGCUCGCGAAGAAGCAAGUGGCAGUUCAUGGGAGCUCGAGACGCGGGGUCAAAGGAGGAACUGCGCCUCGUCUAUGGUGUUUCCGAAAGAACUGAAAGUGACGGUGCUGCUAAUUUAAUUCAGAAAUUGCGAGCUAUAAAUUAUGCCCUAGGUGAACUAGGACAAUGGUGUGCUUAUAAGGUUGCGCAAUCAUUUUUGACAGCUUUGCAAAAUGAUGAAAGGGCUAAUUACCAGGUUGAUGUCAAGUUUCAAGAGCAAUAUCUAAUGAAAGUUGUAGGAUUAUUGCAAUGCCAGCUGUCUGAGGGAGCUGUCACGAAAAAUGAUUCAGACAAUGCAAAUAUGCGCAAUGGUGACUGCCAGUGCACGGAAGAACUAGAGGAGGGGGAGUUGCCGGACAGUCAUGCCGUCUCUGGUGGUGAACAUGUAGACAUUAUCAUUGGAGCUGCUGUGGCAGAUGGAAAAGUUACUCCUAAGGUGCAGGCGUUGAUUAAAAUACUUCUUAAGUACCAACACACAGAGGAUUUUCGUGCUAUUAUCUUUGUGGAGCGAGUGGUUGCUGCAUUAGUUCUUCCCAAGGUCUUCUCAGAGCUUCCGUCCUUGAGCUUCAUUAAAUGCGCGAGUUUGAUUGGACACAACAAUAAUCAGGAGAUGCGCACAUGCCAAAUGCAGGACACGAUCGCUAGAUUUCGUGAUGGAAGGGUUACUUUACUAGUAGCUACAAGUGUAGCUGAGGAAGGACUUGAUAUUCGGCAGUGCAAUGUUGUUAUUCGUUUUGACCUUGCAAAAACUGUUCUAGCUUAUAUCCAAUCAAGAGGUCGUGCUAGGAAGCCUGGAUCAGAUUACAUAUUGAUGCUUGAAAGGGAGAACUUAUCACAUGAAACAUUUUUGAGGAAUGCCCGUAAUAGUGAGGAAACGUUGAGAAAGGAAGCUAUAGAGAGAACUGAUCUCAGUCAUCUUAAAGGUACUCCUAGGUUAAAUCCAAUUGAUAUAUUACCCGGUUCGAUGUAUCAGGUGGAGUCAACAGGUGCUGUUGUCAGUUUAAAUUCUGCUGUUGGACUCAUCCAUUUUUACUGCUCCCAGCUACCCAGCGACAGAUAUUCAAUACUUCGUCCGGAGUUCAUAAUGGAAAGACAUGAGAGGCCUGGGGGCCCAACUGAAUAUUCCUGCAAGCUUCAACUCCCUUGUAAUGCUCCAUUUGAGAAGCUUGAGGGUCCUAUAUGCAGUUCAAUGCGCCUGGCACAGCAAGCUGUUUGUUUGGCUGCUUGCAAGAAACUACAUGAAAUGGGAGCAUUUACGGACAUGCUUUUACCUGACAAAGGAAGUGGAGAGAGGGGUGAAAAAGUUGAGCAGAAUGAUGAAGGUGAUCCGCUUCCUGGAACAGCACGGCAUAGAGAGUUCUAUCCUGAAGGUGUUGCAGAAAUUUUACAGGGAGAGUGGAUUUUAUCUGGGAGAGAUGGCUCCCACAAGUGUCAAUUGUUCAAAUUGCAUAUGUAUGCUGUCACCUGCGUUAAUAUUGGGACUUCUAAGGACCCAUUUCUUACGCAAGUUUCAGAUUUUGCUGUCCUUUUUGGCAGUGAGCUGGAUGCAGAGGUUUUAUCGAUGACGAUGGAUCUCUUUGUUGCUAGAACAAUGGUUACAAAGGCAUCUCUUGUCUUCCGGGGACCAAUAGAGAUAAUGGAAACUCAGCUGGUUUUGCUGAAAAGCUUUCAUGUUAGACUCAUGAGCAUUGUACUUGAUGUCGAUGUUGAACCCUCGACGACUCCAUGGGAUCCUGCAAAAGCCUAUCUAUUUGUGCCUAUAGUAGCUGAGAAAUGCGUUAAUCCUGUAGAAGAGAUUGACUGGAUGCUGAUUGAUAACAUAGUGAACGAACACGCAUGGAAGAAUCCACUUCAGAGGGCACGCCCUGAUGUUUACUUAGGUACCAAUGAGCGAACCCUUGGUGGAGAUAGGAGGGAGUAUGGGUUUGGAAAACUACGUCAUGGAAUGGCUUUUGGUCAAAAAGCCCAUCCUACUUAUGGUAUCAGAGGAGCUGUUGCGGAAUUCGAUGUUGUUAAAGCUUCUGGGUUAGUCCCUAAUCGGGAUUAUGGAGUAAGCAUGGAUGAAGCUUAUUAUUAUAGUCAAGGUAAAUUAUUCAUGGCAGACACCUGUAUGGACACGAAAGAACUUGUUGGAAGGAUUGUAACAGCUGCACAUUCGGGGAAAAGGUUCUAUGUCGAUUCUGUUCGCUACGAAAUGAAUGCUGAGAACUCAUUUCCCAGGAAGGAGGGUUACCUAGGGCCGUUGGAGUAUAGCUCUUAUGCUGAUUACUACAGGCAGAAGUAUGGUGUAGAGUUAAUUUAUAAGAAACAACCUCUUAUACGAGGACGGGGCGUCUCAUAUUGCAAGAAUCUUCUCUCCCCUAGAUUUGAGCAUUCUGAAGCACGAGAUGGUGAAUCCGAGGAGAAUCUAGACAAGACCUACUAUGUAUUUUUACCUCCCGAGUUAUGCCUGGUUCAUCCACUUCCUGGAGCUCUAGUCCGUGGUGCUCAAAGGUUGCCCUCGAUAAUGAGAAGGGUAGAGAGCCUUCUUCUGGCAGUUCAGCUGAAGGAUAUGAUCAACUAUCCUGUCCCCGCUUCAAAAAUAUUGGAAGCCUUGACGGCAGCUUCAUGUCAGGAGACAUUCUGCUAUGAAAGAGCGGAGCUGCUUGGCGAUGCAUACCUCAAGUGGGUUGUCAGUAGAUUCCUUUUCCUAAAAUAUCCUCAAAAACAUGAGGGGCAACUUACCAGGAUGAGGCAACAGAUGGUGAGUAACAUGGUACUGUACCAAUACGCCCUUAAUAAGGGGCUCCAAUCGUACAUACAGGCAGAUCGCUUUGCCCCUUCUAGAUGGGCUGCUCCUGGAGUUCUUCCUGUUUUCGAUGAAGACACCAAAGAAUUGGAUUCGUCCAUUUUUUAUGAAGAAUCUCCUGCUGAUGACGGUGAGCUUCAAAAGGACUAUUACGAUGAUUGUGAAGAAAAUUUCCGAGAAGAUGGUGAAAUCGAGGGUGAUUCAAGCUGCUAUAGAGUUCUCUCUAGCAAAACUUUAGCAGAUGUUGUGGAAGCAUUGAUUGGGGUCUAUUAUGUUGAAGGUGGGAAAAUUGCAGCAAACCACCUUAUGAACUGGAUCGGGAUCCAAGUGGAGCUGGACCCACUGGAGAUUCCCCCUCCAAAGCCAUAUAAUAUACCUGAAAGCGUGAUGAGGAGCAUCGAUUUUGAUUCCCUAGAAGGCACAUUGAACAACAGGUUUAGAGACAGGGGACUACUGGUUGAGGCCAUUACGCAUGCCUCGAGGCCUUCGUCGGGUGUUUCUUGUUACCAAAGGCUCGAAUUUGUUGGUGAUGCUGUGUUGGACCAUUUGAUCACAAGGCACUUAUUCUUCACGUACACUGACUUGCCCCCUGGUCGCCUGACUGACUUGCGGGCUGCAGCUGUAAACAACGAGAACUUUGCACGGGUUGCGGUCAAGCACAAGCUGCACGCGCACCUUCGUCAUGGAUCAAGUGCAUUGGAGGCACAGAUUCGGGAAUUCGUGAAGGAAGUACAAGAAGAGCUGUCAAAACCAGGUUUCAACUCUUUCGGUCUUGGAGAUUGUAAGGCUCCAAAGGUUCUUGGAGAUAUUGUUGAGUCUAUUGCUGGAGCCAUUUUUCUUGACAGUGGGCGUGAUACUUCAAUAGUUUGGACGGUAUUCCAACCGUUGCUGCAUCCGAUGGUGACCCCGGAGACUCUUCCGAUGCACCCAGUGAGGGAGCUCCAAGAGCGCUGCCAGCAACAAGCUGAGGGCUUGGAAUACAAAGCGACGCGCGCAGGCAACGUAGCUACAGUGGAAGUUUUCAUCGAUGGGGUUCAGAUUGGAAUAGCACAGAACCCACAGAAGAAAAUGGCGCAGAAAUUGGCUGCGAGGAAUGCUCUCCACACCUUGAAGGAAAAGGACAGCGCAUUGAAGAGAGAUCCAGAGAAGAACGGUGAAAGGAGGAACGGAACUCAGAUGUUCACAAGGCAAACUCUAAACGACAUCUGCUUGCGAAGGCAAUGGCCGAUGCCGCAAUACCGCUGUGUGAACGAAGGUGGCCCUGCACAUGCGAAGAGGUUCGUCUAUGCGGUGCGUGUUAACACAUCCGAUCGUGGAUGGACCGAUGAGUGCAUUGGGGAGCCCAUGCCUAGCGUGAAGAAGGCGAAGGACUCUGCCGCUGUUCUUCUCCUCGAGCUUCUUAAUCGAUCGUAUCCUGAUAAUAAUAAUAAUAAUAAUAAUAAUAAUGAUAAUGAUAUUAACAACAACAACAACAACAACAACAACAACAACAACAAUACAAUAAUAAAUAAUUAUAAAUAAUUAUAAUUGCUGUUGUUUUGUUAUUAUAUUAUUAUUUGAAUGGUGCCAUUCCUUGUGGUCUCUGUUAAGUGCAGCUAGAGCCUAAACAGAGACAAGCUACACAGACAAGUGAAGUAUUCUUUAUGUGCAAUGUUGUAUGCCAGAUGGUAAUUAUUAACUUAAUUCUCUUGAGAGUGGAAAGGAAUGAAAAGAUGUUUUCUUUCAACUCUGUUGUUGCUGGUUCUGUUUCUAAACUGUUUGUUCCCAAGAUGUGUAACUGGAAACCAGAAUCCCAGGACCUGGAGUUGUUAUGUGCCGAUUUAUCGGUUUACUGGUAAAUGUGAUAGUAAUAAUUUUAAGUA